AUGAAGUCCCGGCGACCCAGCUGCACCGACUCCGGAUCCGGGUCCUCGGAACCGGACUCCAAGAGCCCGGAGAAGUACGAGCCCGUCACGAGGCGGCGCUCGGCCGCCAACGCCCGGGAGAGGAAGAGGAUGCAGGGCCUGAACACGGCCUUCGACUCCUUGCGUAAGGUGGUCCCCCAGUGGGGCCAGGACAAGCAGCUGUCCAAGUACGAGACCCUGCAGAUGGCCCUCAGCUACAUCGUGGCCCUGAACCGGAUCCUGACGGAGGCCCGGAGGCACCACGCUCCUCACAGGCAGUGGCUGGACCUGCAGCCGGAGACCUUGGACUACGGUUCCCCCACGGACCAGGACUACAUCCAGUCCUCCUUCUCCUACCAGUUCGAUGGGCACCAGGUCCACGCGUGA